AUGGUAGGGUUUGUUGAACAUUUCAGAAAGCCAAAACUUCCGGUUCUUGAAUCGCCACGGAACGACAGUGUCGUAAAUCGGCAAUUUGGAUUUGGGCCACAGAAUCUUGCACCACCUAUUUUGCGAAACUUUUCUUAUCCAACUAACGUCGCAAACACCAACUCACCGCUUUCUACUCCCACGGUAUGGGAAGAGCAACCGUCUACCUGGGAUCAGCUAGGAGAGAUAUGUAAUUUCUCACUUAAUACCAGACCCUGCACACGUCAGGACAGAACUGCUGGGUUCGAAGACCCCUUCUUUUACACUACAGACCGUACUCCAUAUAGAAGACUAGUCGACAUUGAUGAGAACUCCAACACUGAGUCCAACAUCAAAACAUCGAUUGAUCACCGGCCUGUGGUGCAAAAAAGACAACACCGAACAUCCUCUCACGUAGAAAAAGGCGUACCUAAGGAUAACGGUUCAAAGGUCCCCAUAAAUCAAUUGGUUGGCUAUCACGUAUUUCCCCAGAAGCGCAAUUCUACUACGAAACUGAGACGCAGUUCGCUCGGGCAUCAUAAGACAUCUUCAUCCUUCGACGCAUCUCGACUUCUCACCCGGUCUGGUAGUCUCGAACGUCCUAUGUCUAGUUCGGGUAUACCCUUGGUCGAUACUAGGCUUGCACGUUCUACAAAUGAGACCAUUGAACCCAGUGAGCAUCCCGCAUUCCCUACAGGAAACAUAACCGAAGGGACUUUACAUAGCCCAGAAAAGGCUACACCUGUGCCAUACGAUCUGUCUGAUGCUUAUAUUAUAAGUAUGGACUCCCCUAACUCAGGAGACAGUGCUCCCGGCCGGCAUCGUAUUGGUCCUGGCUCGAAGGAGCUGUCUGAAGACCGGAAAUGUGAAGAUGGUGCCUCAAAGUCACACAAGCCCAGAGGCAAGGAAGGGAGGAAGCGAUGGUUUUCACAGUUAAAGGAAUGGAUUUCAGUAUCGGAGCCCUCCACACAGGCGUUGAUAAAAUAUAAGAAGGAGACAUAUCAUAAGGCUGGCAUUGCUCUCAAUGAUCCACUAGCUAAUGCCAAACUCCACCUACCCGUUGCUUCGUUGCCACCGGAAGCCAUCAAGCCCGGAGGCCGUGGGCCAGAGCCUGAAGAGGUUGUUCUACAGAAAGCCAUUCAGCGCAAGAAGGCUCAGACAGGACCAUCUCAGGGAUCGCAAUCGAUCACAACCCAUUAUUCCUCGACGAGCACAGUGACCGCGAGUACGACAAAAAAUGGAGAGUAA